AUGGACUUUAUCGCGCCUCAAGCUCCCUUCUCCUUCUCCCCUGUAGCCUCAACUCCAACAAACCUGACGGCCACCUGCCUCUCCUCACCUCUCCCAAGCCCGACUCUGUUCGGCGGAGAGAUCCUCAACGUAACCUCGUCGCUGGUCAGCAACUACACCGCACAGUUUUGGUAUCCGCCCAAUUUCUUCAAUUCGGACCCGCCAUUGUACGGAGAAGCCGGAAAUCUCUUCUUCUGCAAUGUCACCGUGACGUACACGCACCCGGGCCAAGACGACUCCAUCAAUGUAAAUCUGUGGCUGCCCCUUUCAGUGUCGGAUGAGCUCUACACAGACGCCAAUGGCAACCGGCCAGAUCAUUGCUCGGUCACUAAUAGUGGAACAUCGCCAUUUUGGAACGGCAUUCUUCUCUCCCAUGGCGGCGGUGGCUUCUCUACCUGCCUCCCCGGCUUUGUCUCUCAUUCCGCCCUUUCCCAAGGCUACGCUAUCUCCCGCACUGAUGGUGGCCAUCCAGGCCAAUCCCUGACUACUCCUGACCAGCCUAAAACUGAGUCAUGGGCCAUGGUCUCCCCGGGAAACGUGAAUUUGUACCUGCUGCAAGAUUUCGCAUCCACAUGCUUGCACGAUAUGGCCGUCAUUUCCAAAUCCAUCGUCGCCUCCUUCUACGGCACCGCUCCGAAGUACAGCUAUUUCCAGGGCUGCUCCACCGGCGGGAGACAAGGCCUGAUGCUCGCUCAACGCUAUCCUGGGGACUACGACGGCAUACUCUCAGCCGCGCCCGCGAUCUACUGGCCCAAGUUGAUUGUCAUGCACUACCUCGCGCACAUGAUGAUGCAUUCCCUUCAGGAGUAUCCUCCGCCAUGUGAGCUCGAGGCGAUCACGAAGGCCGCGAUAGAGGAGUGCGAUGAAUUGGACGGCGUCAAGGACGGGAUCAUCUCGAACGAAGAAAAGUGCGAAUAUGACCCCUUCAAGCUCAUGGGGAAGGAAAUCCCUUGUGAGAUGGAGUAUGCAGACGACGAUGAAAACGAAGAUGAUGAACGACGCCAGCAGCAAGCAAAUCGCACAGUCAUCAAAGUCGGCUACGCCGGCCCUCACAUUGCAUGGCACCUCUGGGGCGGAGCGCGGGGUUCCAUCAGAGAACCCAACUGGCAUCCGCUCACGCACUCGACACCCUUGACAUCCUUCGCCUCGACCACCUGUUUCAGGAAAAACAACACCUGCGUGGCAAAUCCGAGCCGGUUGAUGCUCGACUGGAUCAGGCUCUUCCUCUACAAAGACCCCAGCCUCACGGCCGAGGACCUCGCAAAGCGGAUCACGCUCGACGAACUGGUCCGUCUCUUCCGCCAGUCCGACGAGGAAUACCAUUCCUUCCUCUCGACGAGCAGCCCCGACCUGAGCGCUUUCCACAAGCGCGGCGGCAAGAUGAUCACGUGGCACGGCACGAGCGACGAAGCCAUCAUGCCAGGCCAGACGGUGCAGUACUACGAAGAAGCCCUGCGUUUUGCGGCUUCUGGAAUCUCCACCGACACGAAAGACUUCUACCGCCUGUUCCUAGCCCCAGGGAUCCAGCACUGCGGUAGCGGGGAGGGCGCCUUACCGAUAAAGGUGCUACCCCAGUUGAGGAAGUGGGUCGAAGAAGGCGUCGCCCCGGACGUGCUCGAGGGGGAGAGCUUUGGCAGAGACCACGGAGACAAAAUCCGCAGGCCGCUGUGCAUGUACCCCCUCGUGGCGAAGUACAAGGGCCAUGGGGAUAUGAGGAAGGCUGAGAGCUUUGAGUGUGCGGGUUCUUUCUGA